AAUGAGGACAACCAUAACGUUGUCUACAAACUGGAUAACGGAAUUCCGUUGAACCCAAUCGGCAGGACUGGACUGAGGGGUAGGGGCGCACUGCCCCGUUGGGGACCCAAUCAUUAUGUUAUACUCCUUAUUACGCGAUGGCAUUCGCUUAAGACAUCUGGAAAUGUAUUGGAGUUUGUGGUGGAGAAGACUGAACGUAGGGAUCAAUUGUCGCUACCGGUGCGGUUUAUUGGCGGCGAAUGUCUGUACUUAGACUUACAAUCGUUAUUCAAAACAACUGAAAACUGGACAACAAGUGAUGAGAUGAUCAAAUUUUUUAAGGGCGCGGCCCUCCCGGUGCCUAUACCUCCAUCAGCCAUACAAUCUCCAGUAGGGGAGGUGGCUGUCGACCCGUCCACUGGGCUAUUA